AAUCCCCAUUUAUUUACAAAGACGCCACAUAGGUGUUAGAAAACAAUUACACUCAUUUCCUAUACUUGUCAAACCUUCUGAAACACCAUUUACAAGCAUUUCUUCAAAGGUUUGUUUGAUAGUUACAAAUAGUGUCAGUCAAUGGCUGCCGAACAUGAUCAAAUGCCAGUGAAGGAAGAAGAGUAUCUGGACGUCCUUACUAAAACUGGAGAAAAAACUGGCAUCUCUAAGCCCAGAAUGUGGCAACUCAGCAAGUUCUCACCGACACAGUCUUAAAAUAUAUGCGGUUAGAGGCAGGGCUGUUGAGUUGGAUAGGAGAAAGCAGCUUCCCAUCUCUUGUACUUUCUUCCAAAAGAAAUAAACAGGAGAAAAAGUGAAUUGAAUCUUGACAAGAUACCUAAUUUGUCAAAUUGACUAAUAGAAUUUGAUAUAUUUAAGCUCAUAGUUCCCUAAAUAUAUCACGUUUUAAUGAUGUCUUGGUACCAAUUACCAUAAUUGUGCUACUUGUUCAGAGGGGAUGUUCACAGAGCUGGAGAGUACCAUCGCGCUGUUCAUGUAUGGAUAUUUGCUGAGAGUACACAACAACUAUUACUCCAACGUCGUGCUGAUUCCAAGGAUUCCUGGGCUGGUCUGUGGGAUAUCUCAAGUGCCGGUCAUAUAUCUGCUGGAGAUUCAUCUCUUAUUUCAGCAAUGCGAGAGCUUCAAGAAGAACUUGGUGUAACUCUUCCGAAGGAUGCAUUUGAAUUAAUAUUUGUUUUUCUUCAAGAGUGCACUAUCAAUGAUGGCAAGUUCAUCAACAAUGAAUACAAUGAUGUAUAUCUAGUGACAACAAUAGAUCCAAUUCCUUUGGAGGCCUUUACACUUCAGGAAUCAGAAGUUUCAGCUGUAAAAUAUCUCUCUCUUGAGGAGUACAGACAAGUGCUUGCUCAAGAGCAUCCUGACUAUGUGCCUUAUGAUGUGAAUGAGGAAUAUGGUCAGCUCUUUACGAUAAUUGAAAAGAGGUACAAGGAAAAUGCUGAAGCUAGAAGUUUGACUCUUGACAAGCAGCUAAACCGCUAUGCUAGUACUUCCCUCUCUGCAGAGUUGACUGGGCUGACUGCAGCAGACAAAGAAGCCUUAACUCUUCUGGUCAAAGCUGCAACAAUCAUGGACAAGAUCUUUUAUCUGCAGGUUUGGUAUAGCAAUCCAUCUUUGAGAGACUGGUUAAAAGAAAAUGCUGACAAAUCACAGUUGGACAAAUUGAAAUGGAUGUACUACGUAAUAAACAAAAGUCCAUGGUCUUGCCUGGAUGAAAACAAGGCUUUUCUGACGACUGCAGAUUCAGCUGUCAAGCUGCUUCCGAACGCAACAAAGCCUGUACCAGGUUGGAAGGGUCUUGAAUAUAGAACAGCAUUUCCUGCUGCGAAACCUCCUGGUGCAAAUUUCUAUCCACCAGAUAUGGACAAAAUGGAAUUCAACUUAUGGAAAGAUAGUCUUCAAGAAGAUAAACGGGAAGAAGCAAUGGGCUUUUUCAAUGUUAUUAGAAGGCAUAGUGAAUCACUGUUUGAAGAUACAAUAUCCCAAAAAACGGAAAAUGUCACUAGCUCUUCUCAUGAUCUGUAUGUGGUUCCUUAUUCUCAAGAGUACAACUCUCUUCUUGCUGAAGCAGCCACCUUGCUUCGUGAAGCAGGAGAAAUGGCCAGCUCAUCUAGUUUAAAGAGACUUCUUUCUAGCAAGUCUGAUGCCUUCCUUUCAAAUGACUACUAUGAUUCAGAUAUCGCCUGGAUGGAGUUGGACUCCAAGUUAGAUGUCACCAUUGGCCCAUAUGAAACAUAUGAAGAUUCACUUUUUGGAUACAAGGCAACAUUUGAGGCAUUUAUAGGAGUCCGUGAUGACAAAGCAACAGCUCAACUCAAAUUGUUUGGUGAUCAUCUGCAGAUUUUGGAGAAGAAUCUGCCAAUGGAUAAUAUUUACAAGUCAGAAAAUGUUACAGCUGCUCCCAUCAGGGUUAUCCAGCUUCUUUACAAUGCAGGGGAUGUGAAGGGCCCUCAAACAGUUGCAUUUAAUCUUCCAAACGAUGAACGUAUAGUUAAAGAUCGAGGAACGUCAAUGGUCAUGCUUAAGAAUGUUUCAGAAGCAAAGUUCAAGCUUAUCCUUAAGCCUAUAGCUGAUGUGUGUAUUAUGGAAGAACAACGGGAUUUUGUGGACUUUGAAUCUUUCUUCACUCACACAAUUUGUCAUGAGUGCUGCCAUGGAAUUGGGCCUCACACAAUCACACUUCCGAAUGGGCAGAAGUCGACUGUCAGACUAGAGCUGCAAGAACUUCAUUCAUCACUGGAAGAAGCAAAGGCAGAUAUUGUUGGGCUUUGGGCUCUUAGGUUUCUAAUGGACAAGGAUUUGCUUCCGAAAAGCCUGGCCAAGUCAAUGUAUGUCUCUUUUCUUGCUGGAUGUUUCCGCUCGGUACGCUUUGGAUUAGAGGAAGCUCAUGGGAAAGGACAGGCAUUGCAGUUUAACUAUUUGUUCGAGAAAGGCGCAUUUAUUUUGCAUCCUGAUGAAACAUUUGCCGUUGACUUUGAAAAGGUUGAAGAUAGUGUUGCGAGCUUGAGCAGGGAAAUUCUCACAAUACAAGCAAGAGGCGACAAAGAAGCUGCUAGAACCCUUCUUCAGAAAUAUGGUGUGAUGACACCACCACUGAAACGCGCACUGGAAAAGCUGGAGACUGUUCAGGUCCCGGUGGAUAUUAUUCCUGAUUUUCCCAUUGCUAACCAAAUUUUACGCUAUAUCAAUUGAAGAAUCUAUUAUUCCACCUCAUAUUCCUUUUUGUCAUGGAAGAGGCAGUAAAAGGAACACCCCCCCCCCCCCCCCGGUUGGCCCUCGCGCAAAAUGUAAUUUUCACGGAAGUUGCAGUUCUGUGAUAGAUGGUGAGUCCUCAAACCAGCUUCUGUGAAUGUUGUUUCCAGUGCUAAUGCGCUCUCCAAAACCAGUAUUCAUAAGCAAAAUAAGAUUGCAAAGCAUGUAAUUGAUUUAUCAUGAGUUUAGUUACAAUGUUCUUUUCCAAAAAGUAUAUCAUAUUUUCUCUCGUACUGUGUAGACACAUACAAAUGUCCAUGGCCUAGGCUACGUGAUGAUAUGAUGUCUCAGUUUUCUUUUUUGCA